AUGAACAGCGUCAUCAUCGGCCUCCUCUCCUCUUUCGGCUCCGCCAUCAUCAUCGCCCUCAUCUUCCUUGUCAUCUACUUCUUCCGCUACACAUCAUCCGGCCGCAUCUUCCUCGACCGUAUCGGUCGUCCCGGCGAAUAUGACGACGAACAGGCAUUCCUCCGCGAGGAGGCUGACGCCCUUGAGACGAUGGACGAUCUCCAGAGAACAGAAUACUUAAGAGCAAAGGCCUUUAUUCAGGGAAAUCCACCAGAGUCGAUACAGACCGAUAUUUCGCUAUCACAGUAUCUUGCGAUCCAGGAGAAGGGUGUUUCUGCCUGGCAGUUCGAGCCAGAACUCGAGAUCGCCAAUUGCUUCGUCGAAGCCAGGACCGAGAUUGAGUUCUUCGACUCUGAAUGCACGGUCAUGAGCAAUCUGCCAGUCCCUAAGCAGAACGAAGUCUAUUACUGGGAAGCCAAGAUCUACGACAAACCCGAAAACACUCUUCUUAGCAUUGGCAUGUCCACAAAACCGUAUCCCUUGUUCCGCCUGCCUGGCUAUCACAAAUACUCGAUUGCGUACACCUCUACGGGCGCCCGCAGAUACAAUCAGCCGUUUCACGGGACACCCUACGGCCCAGCGCUUGUUCAGGGCGAUGUCGUUGGUGUUGGCUACCGCCCGCGUACUGGCUCAAUCUUCUUCACUCGCAACGGCAAGCGUCUUGAAGACAUUUGCCAGGGCUUAAAGUCGCAGAACUUCUUCCCCUCAGUUGGCGCCAAUGGUCCAUGCAUUGUGCACGUCAACUUUGGUCAAGCUGGAUUCGUCUUCUUGGAAGCAAAUGUGAAGAAAUGGGGUCUUGCUCCCAUGACUGGCAGCCUAGCUCCUCCUCCUCCAUAUGGCAGUGAGCAAGGAAGCAUUUUGUUGGAGACUGGUAGGCGGAAGGACGAGUAUACUCCUGGCUCGCCGGCUAGAGGUCACAGCUACACGAACUCCCUCCAAAUGUACACCGGCCGCGGCCCAAUCUUGGACCCAGGCCAUUCGCGCACCAGGAGUGGUAACUUCAGAGUACUUCCGCCCACCAGCCCAGGCCCCCAAAGGAGCCCUACUGAUAUCUCCCUGGCGCAGCUGGUGCCUACAGACGAACCUGGCGAGGCCAGCGGCAGUAAUGCUCUGGAUUCGGGUGAUCACGUGGUAGAUGUCACUGGUCUCGGCCUGCACGAGUCAUCACAUCCCCCGCCCGAAUACACAAGCCCGGACCAGUCAGAGAAUGACUCUGGAAGCAGCUCCGACAGCGAUGACGUCCCGCUGAUGCGGCCAGGACGCAGUCGUGGUGCGUCCGCAGCAACCUUGCGGCCCCACAACCCGCCCAUCCCGAGCUACAGCGAUGCUGUUCGCCAAGGCGCCGGUAGAGACAGGAGCCGAAGCGACACCAGUGCGAUGACGUCCAGGGGAAGCGGCCACAGUCGACGCUGA